AUGUCAACAAAAAACAUUAAUAAGUUGAAACUGAAUUCUAUUAUGUCACCUGCUUCUUCAAAUAUAAGGAUCUCGAAAAAUACUGCUUUAUAAAUGUCAAGUAAUGGUGUUAGUCCAAAAAUGUUAUCGAAAAGUCCCAACUAUUCUUAAUACAUACAACAUUAAUUAUCCUAAUUUUAUACUCCUCCUAAAGAAAAGUUAUCAAAAAUAAUAAAUAUCUCAUAAUCAGAGAGAUCUGUUUAUUCUUUUAGAAUUCCGACUUUAAGAAUGAAAGAGAAAUGCUUUAUUAAAAAGUAAUAAUAAUAUAAAUUGGGAUAAACUUCAUUUGAAAUUAGUCUCAGUACUAAUACAUCUUCUAUUUUUAUUUUCAAAGGAUCAAUUUAAGAAAUUAGUUAAUUCAAAGUUAUUCAAAUGACAAGAGCAGAAUUAUAAGCAAAAUCAUCUUCUAUUUAUAAAGCUCGAUAAAAUUUACUAUAAAAGAUACAACAGAAUCUUAAUGUUCCAAAAAGUUAUACUUAAUUAUCAUUAGGAAAUUAUGAAGCAAUACAAUUUAUGGAAGAGAUUCCUAUUAAUUGUAAUGUUUUACUUUUGAGCAAAACUGUUAAUAAAGAUUUUUGGAAUAUUAUAUUAAAUUAUCAUAAUUUUUAAUUUACAACUUAAAAAUACACAAAAAUCCUUACAAUCAUAAGUAAAAUUAAGGAUUUAAAUGAUUUAAUUAAAUUUAUUUUAGAUAAAGAUGUAUUUUAUACUUAUAUGGAAUUGAAAGAAAUAUAUUUAAAUGAAGAUUUACUUACAAUGAAAAGAAAUACUAUUAUAAUGAAAGAUUUCUAUAAAAGUAUAAAUGUUUAUGAUCAAGAGAAAUAAUAAUUAAUAGAUGAACCAGUCACUUAAAAAUAAAUGGACAAUGAUUCUCUUAAAGUUGAACUUGAUAAAGAAAUGAAAAAGGAUUUUACACUUCUGAAUCUUAAUCCAAAUCCUAAUGAUUUUUAACUAAUUUUAGAAAAGGAAGGAUUAUUAAAUCCCUCUAAUAGAAGAACUUCAAGUAGAUGUAACCAUAUUUAAUGAUUUAGACUUAAAAUUACCUAAUUUUAGAACUCAAUAUGGUGAAAUCUUAAAAUAAUAAACAAUUAAACAAAAACAUAAGUAUUAUUAUCAUUUAAUAAUAACAGAAAUAAGUAUACUAACAUACCAGACCAUAUAGCAAGAAAUAUAUUGCAUAUGACCCAUUAUAAUUUACCAUAAUUAAUGAAAGAAACAGGUUUUGAUAGAUAAGAAAUUUAUGAAGUAUUUAGUCGAUAUAAAGCUUUACUUAGUUAUGAAUGUUCCCAAAUUCCAGGAUUAACUAAAGAGAGUAUUAAAUAUAACAAUUACUUUUAGUGAUACCAAAUGGUAUCUCUAGAGAAGCUUUUAAUGCUGGCUUAGAAGAAUUGUCUAUGGCUCCUCCAGGAGUUGUAGAUCAAAUAUUUAAAUUUUUUGCUAAGUAGAAUUCAUUGGGUUUUGAAGGAUUUUUAAAAGCUAUUAAUCUAAUUAGAGCUAAAGGGAAUGAUAAUAAAAUUGAACUAAUUUUGAAAGUAAUAUAUCAAGUUAUUCAAAAGUUAAUUGAUGAAAAUGAGAAUGGCCUAUUAUCAUAUGAGGAGAUAAAAAACAGAUGUAGCUUUAUGAUGGAAGAAAUGCUUAAAGAUUCAAAGGGUGAAUUAAGUGUCAAUAACAUGAUAGAUUAUGUUACUAGAUCAAUUUUUGAUGUCUAUAUUUAAUUUUAAUUUAAAGGCAGUCAAGAUGAAGUAUGAUGAGGAAAUUCCGAUUGAUAAGAUUAGAAAACUGAUAGAAAGUAAAACACAUGAAGCUUAAGUUUUGAUAAUGAUGUGUUGUGGAGAUGUUGAUUAUCUAAAAUGA